AUGCUCGUCACUAGACCUUCAGACUCUGAACAUAGCCACUGGUCCUUUGGCAAAUACUUCCCUCCCUCUGGCAAAGUACCAACCAGUUCACGCAUGUCAGACCCGUACGACGCCUCGACUUCAGCUCAGCCAGACUGGCAAGGGCAGUAUCCCUAUUUGCCGCAGCCCACCGGAUCGGUCUAUAAUCAAUCUUCAGAAUCGAACCAUGCCAGCUCGGGAGUAUUCCAGCCACAGCCCGUGGUAGAGAACGGGAAUCUUCGGCUGGAAGCCCAGACUGAUAGACAACCGGCGCUGCCAUCUGAUUCACGCCAUAAUAUUUAUCGUGUAGGAGCAGAGGACACAACUUACCCUUCCCGAGCGGCAGAACCAUCAGAGAGAAAGGAUGAAGCGAGAGGCAUGAAGACGGCUUCGCUUCUGCUAGAUGAUUCACUUACGCCUGGUAGAGAUGCCACUAGACUCCCCGCGCCGUCGAACCAUAUCAACGCAGCAACGGCCAUGCCCAAAGGUUUAGGCAACCCUUCAAAUACAUAUGGACCAGAUGAUCAAACCAUGGCAGUGCCGAAUGACGAUGCGGAAGAUGCUUUACUUGAUGAGGACAUGGCGGAGGAAGAAACAGAUUCACUACUGCAAACUACAGCAGAACGAGUGGCGGCCCGCCGGAAGAUGAAGCGCUUUAGACUUACCCAUCAACAAACAAGAUUCCUAACGAGCGAGUUCGCAAAGCAACCUCAUCCUGAUGCUGCGCAUCGGGAACGACUGUCUAGAGAAAUACCCGGAUUGAGCCCUAGACAGGUGCAAGUGUGGUUUCAAAACAGGCGUGCAAAGAUUAAAAGGCUCAAUGCCGAUGAUCGUGACCGAAUGAUUAAAAUGAGGGCUGUUCCGGAUGAUUUUGAUAACGUGCAGGCUUUGCACUCACCAUACGGCGCGGUUCACGGAAUGCCUCUGCCAAUAGCGCAACCAGUUGAUUUUUCGCACGCUCAACCUCACAUGGUCUAUCAGUCAAAUCAAGUAAACCAGACAUCUGGCAACGCGGGAGGUGUUGAUCGGAGUCCUUAUACGACUCAAGGCAGUAACAAUGCACAACCAUCGCCGACGGCAUUAAGCUAUCCGAGCUAUCAACAGACGCCAGAGAAUGGAUCACGACUUCGAGCCGCCUCAGCCUCUUUGCCACUGAACACAACAGACCAAUAUCGACCGCUUCACUCUCCUCAGCCAAAUGGCCAUCGACCGACUGGACCUUCAUCGCAAUAUGGAGCCUCUGCAACAUAUCAAACCAGCUACGGAGCUGCGCCUUCAACAGCUCCACUGACGCCUUCUCUGCUGAUUAUGCAGAUCACCAGCAUCGAGGGUAUGCAGCUCACAGAGGGGAAGCUUCACCCUUGGAUAGGCCGAGACCUCCUUCACAUCAUAACACAAGGUGAAGUCGAAGUCAAACCUCCGUUUCCUCUAUGA